AUGUACGCUUUCGUGAGUUUCGCUCCACUUGUUCAGCGCGCCAAUACGGUAUCCAAGGCAACUGGCACCAGCGCUAUCCGUUCGAGACAUGCUUCGGGUUAUGCUACUCUAAAAAUGGAGCAGUCGCCGGCGCUACCGUUCCUUUCGAAACCGCCUAACCUGUCGCCUGAUAUGCCGGGAUAUCGUGGUUUUGACCCGCUUCGCUUCUCUGAUGCGUUCGACGUUAACUGGCUUCAAGAGGGCGAGAUUAAGAACGGGCGCGUCGCAAUGCUCGCUUGCCUGCACUUCUUCGUAACCGAGUUUUACCAGUUUCCGUUCUUCGCGGGGGCUCCUAAACUCGCUGGACCAGCCCAUGACUAUUUCGUCAAGUCUGGGGCCAUGAUUCAGAUCUUAGCAUUCAUCGGGUUUCUUGAGUUCCUGCUCCACCGUGGCAAGGUGCUCUAUUCCGAUAUGGAAUGGAAAGGGCGGAAGCCUGGUGAGCUGGGCUUCAAUCCCCUCAACUUGCCGAACGACAAGGCCAUGCGGGAUCGGGAAGUGAAUAACGGGCGACUUGCCAUGCUCGGCUUUGCGGGCAUCAUCCAUGGUGAGUUCUUGAACGGGAAGAUGCCUUUCGAGCAGAUAACGAACUUUCAACCAUUACAGUGA